AUGUCCACUGGUGGAACUUCACCAAUGGUCACUGGGCUGACCAUGGCACUGAAGGCAGUGUGCCCAUUGGCUCUGUUCUUGCUUGUGGCUUCUCAUUCCACCCCAACUCUGGUGUCCCCACCACCACACUCAAAGAGAUCUUCCAGCACCUGU